ACUUCUGUUCUUCUACACUGAGAGAAAGAAAGAGAGGAAAAUAAAAGUGGAAAGCUUUAGAAACAGGAAGGCUUCAGGGAAGAAGCUGAAGAGUCAAUAAUGCCUUCUAAUUCUGGAGAUGAUAAUGUUCUUCAAGUUCUCAUCAAGAACUUCGAUGUCCUUGCUCUCCCAUUGGUUGCUCUCGUCUACCCUCUAUAUGCAUCAGUGAAAGCAAUAGAGACAAAAUCAUUAGCACAAGACGAGCAAUGGCUCACCUAUUGGGUUCUCUACGCACUUAUCUCCCUCUUCGAACUCAUUUUCUCCAAACUUCUUGAGUGGUUUCCGAUAUGGCCAUUCCUGAAGCUGAUCGGGAUAUGCUGGCUAGUUCUACCACAGUUUAAUGGAGCAGAACAUGUGUACAGACAUUUCAUCAGGCCUUUCUACAUGAAUCCUCAAAGAGCUUCCACCAAUAUUUGGUAUGUUCCUCAAAAGAAAUUCAAUUUCUUCCCCAAACGUGACGAAGACGACAUCCUCACUGCUGCUGAGAAGUACAUGGAGCAGCAUGGCACCGAAGCUUUUGAGCGAAUGAUCGUUAGGAAGGAUAGUUAUGAAAGGGGAAGGAGAGGAGGAGGAAGCAAUAAUUACAUGAUCUUUGAUGACGAUUAUAGGUACUAAGUUUACCAUGUUACUGUGGUCUCUGAUCUUAAACCGGUUUGGCUACUUUCAGUUUGUAUAAGCUUAGCUGUGUGACUCUUGUCUUCUCUAUGGCUUUUAUAUCUGCCAGGUUUAUGUAUCAUCUCCUUUAUGUAGUGACAUGUUUUGUAUUAAUGGAAUGCCAUAUUUUAUAUUUA